AUGGAUGACUAUUUACAAACAGCUAAUUUAGCUUUAGAGGAGUGACAUAAGAAGUGUAGAGAUUUACAGCAAGAGAAAGAGAGUCUGUUAAAGGAAAUGGAUGAGGCUAAAGAAAAGAGAGAUACAGAGAUAGAUAGUCUUGACAGAGAGCUAUCAGAAUACAUCCAGCAAAUGGCAGAACUAAAUGAGACUAGCACACCAAAUUAUGGAAAAACAAUUGAACAGCUAUCAGAAAGGCAGAGGCUAAGAAGAAUUACCGAACUGAAAGGAAGAGCUGACCUAGCAUUGUGGUUCCUUGAGAGUCAUGGUUUAAAAUUAACCUGUCUUAAAGUCAGGGAGUCUGAUUCAAGGAGAGAACAUACAUUUGACUUUUUAAAAGAGAAAGUCACCCAAGAGGAUAAAGAGAAUUUAGAACAGCUUUUAUUUUUGUUGGACAAAUUUUGA